AUUGAAGAGGAUAAAACACCUGAGGGAACUGAACAGGAACGAAAUACACCCCCCUCCUCUGAUUUUCCAACCUUCGGCUCAUCUGUCCUUCCGCUCAACUCCCUCAUCAUUGUGGCUCUUUCCUGAUAACCAUCUGUUUUUAUCCUCCGUUGGUCCGCCGCUCCCUCUCCUCUCUCUUUCCUCCUCCUCCUUUCCUCGCUGGCGGGACCGACUGAGCCUGGUGGGAGAUGGGCUGCGGGAAUUCUUCGGUCACGAACACGAGCAGCGCAGCAGGUCUCACUGGAUCCUCCAAAGAAGAAGCUAAAGAGACUUUGCCAGAUGACGAUGAAAAGCGAAAAAACUACGGUGGCGUUUAUGUGGGUCUACCUACAGAUCUGAGCAACAUCCCUCAAGUCCAGAUAGGGUCGCUGAGAGAGAGCGAGCCGGGUGCAUUGUCCCUCAGGACGCCGCUGUGGGGGGUUGGAGUCCAGUCCUAACAACGCACCAGAGAGACGGCAGCACGUGGAGCGAGGGCACAAAGAAGAGGAAAACAAACCUUUCUCAGUGUUGCCACCGGGAACAGAAACUGUCUGCUGUUUGGACUAAACAGGAAGACGCCGUGGGAACUCGGCCUCAUCUGUAAGGACUGCACUGGGACCAGUUCCGUCCUGAUAACAUCUGCCCCAACAAAACCAGUCUGGCCGUAGACGCACUCCCUGACGUCAAACUGGCCGACAAAGGGCCCGUUCUGAUCAUAUUCACGUGAUAGUAUUUGCGGUGUUGUUGGCUGGUUCUCAUAUUUUGCUAUUGUCAAAAUAAACGGAAACUAUUUACAGUGGGGAAAAUUAAGCAGUUGUUUAAAUUCCACCGUGUUAAGGGCUAUGGGCAGUG